AUCAUUUCAGUUUCUCGAUAUCGGCAAUCAGAACGUCAUAAGUAGUAAUCGUCCUCUUGCUUGAUUCCGUUCAGAGCGUUGCUCAACCAAACUUGCACACGUGAUCUAGCACAGUCCUAUCUAGCUCGUCAGGCAGCAGCAUCAUUUCUCAGCCUACAAAAAUGUCCAACUUCGACAUGACUGACAAUGCGGGGCCAUGCGAUCCUACAAGUGAUCCAUCCACCCUUGGUCAACCCAUCGAAGUUGCAAGCCGGGAAGCAAUACCCUUCAGACACGUCAGAAACAUUGGUCAGGGUGGCAGUGCAGUCAUCGAAAUGGUUUCCCAUACAUUCACAAAUCAGAUAUUUGCACUGAAAACUUUCCGGCGUUACAACCGAAGACAGUUUGAAAGCGUGAAACGCGUAUUCAUUAAUGAAAUUAGCAUUAUGAGGCGGCUUUCCUCACAUCCGCACAUAAUACAGUUACGCGGAUCGUAUAUUUGCGACCGAGAACUGGGCAUUUUGCUGAGUCCAGUGGCGGGCGGCGGUGAUCUGGCAGCAUAUAUUACCAGAGCCCUGGAGUCUGGGAUGCCCAGUGAACAAGAGAUCACCUUGAACCGUGCAUUUGGAUGUUUAGCAGGCGGCCUUGCAUUCAUACACAAACAUACCAUCAGGCAUAAGGAUAUUAAACCGCAGAACAUUCUGGUGCACGAAGGUCGCGUCCUAUAUACGGAUUUUGGUAUAUCUUUUGAUGCAGAUCAACAGGACACCACUACAGUCGGUUGCCCAGGUCUUUUCACUCAGCGGUAUUGUGCUCCGGAGGUGCAAGACUGGGCUAAUCGGAACCGAAAAUCGGAUGUUUACUCUCUGGGCUGUGUUUACCUGGAAAUCCUGGACGCACUUGAGCCAGAGGUUGGCUUCAGGCAGAUGGAUGAUAGGCCUUACUUUGCGAAGCUGAAACAAGUUCGACGACUGCUGUCUCAGGCUAGUGUCACUGGAGGAGUGAGGAAAGGUCUAUUUUCUGUUUGCCAUGACAUGCUGGACCCGGAUCAAGUGAAGCGCUUGGAUACGAACAAUGUUGUUUGCCGGAUGACCAAGCUAAGCAAUCCGCCAUAUCAUUCAGAUACCAGACUUUACUGUAACGAUUGUUUGCGUAAAGUCGAAUGUAACAACCCCGAGUGCAAUGAUGAGGAUAAGUCCAAAGACAAGGAAACUUGGAAAGAAAAGGAGGGUGAUUUCGCUGCGAAAUCUGUAGACGCUGGUCUAACCGUCGAUGGAAGAUAUUCAGAUAAAGAAAUGUACUCAGAUGCAGGGGUAUCUUCGGACAAAGGAACGCCUUUGGAUACAGGAAGUCAAGAAAUCUCAAUCGACGUUGUUAAUAAUGGCAAAAAGAAAAAAAGAGUCACAAAGAAGAGCAAAAUCUGGGACUCUGGGGAAAAUGCCGGACCUUGGCAUGGAGCAAAAAAGUUUCCAAAAGUGUCCACAAAUAACUCACGAUUUUACUGUACCAUUUGCGGCGAGCUAGGCCACACCACAUCAAAGUAUGCUGGACAUGCGAUGAAGUCGGCCACCAUGCCAAAGACUGCCCGAACAAGUGCGAUGCAUGUGGCGACAUAG